AUGAAGAGCCUGCUCCUCCCCAUCCUGCUUCUGGGCCUGGUGGCUGUCCUGAAGGCUCAGGAGGCCCCGCCAGAUAACCAGGACGAUUUAUCUGGGACAUGGUACACAAAGGCCACAGUAGCUGACAGAAACCUUACUAAUAACAUACCAAAGAGAACUUUCCCUAUGUCCGUGAGAGUCCUGGAAGGAGGGUCCUUGGACGUCUGGAUAAUGUACUGGUCUCCCGGAAUUUGUGAGAGCAUGAUAGUUCACUUGGAGAAAACUAAUGAGCCCCUCAAGUACACUGCCUGGAGAAACCCUGAGAAAAACCCAGAGGCCAUGGAAGAAUUCAAGAAAUUUGCGAAGAGCAAGGGAUUCAGACUGGAAUACAUCAUUGUACCUGAGCUUUUGU